AGUGAACGUAGGGGCAACUCUCGCUUGCUUCCUUUCGCUCCCCUGCUCUCCUGCGUGCGGGCGUGCUGGAUGUGUACCGUGUCCGUGUCAGUCUGCGGACGAGCUACGUCCUGGCGCGAGUGUGUCGUCACAGCAUGACUUUGAAGUUCUUCUUCGCUUUCUUGGCCCUCCUUUGUCCCGUUUUCCCGUUUAACGUGGACGUCAAGCAUCCUGUGAUCUUCGAAGACCCCGGAAUCUUCAGUGGGAAAAAUCUUCGUCCUUCGUAUUUUGGAUUCUCGGUGGCUUUGCACAAUCACACCGAUGGAGACUCCCCUGACCCUGGCACCUGGGUAUUGGUGGGAGCUCCUCGCGGGAACUACAGUUCUGCGGAAUACUCUUAUGACCCGAAGGAUAUCCCAGAACCAGGACUUAUGUAUAAAUGCAGUCUGGGUUACCCAUCGGGUGAUGAAUGCAUGGAAAUUAUUGUAGACUCCACCGGCAAGCAGAUCCAGGGGACCCAGAUCCACUUAUACAGUAUGGGUCAGGCAGGCUUCUCAGUUCAUUUCCCUCCCUCACAAUCUGAAGUCUUGGUUGGAGCACCAGGUGUUUACAACUGGAAAGGAACUGUCAUUCACUUUGGGGAACAUUUUGGUACUGGACCUGGUUAUGAUGUGAACUCUGGCUUCUUCAGAGACGAAAAUGAACUUCUAUAUGUUGCUGGAGCACCUAGAGCUGGUGGAUCACAGGAAAAUGACAUGGAGGGCAAGGUCUUUGUCUUCAGAUUCCAGGGUGGUCAGGAGCUCCCAGUUCAGAUAAUAUGGGAAGCUAAAGGAUUACAGCUUGGGGAAUACUUUGGGAGCAGCCUAGCAUCAGGAGAUUUCAAUGGUGACCAUCUCACAGAUCUGGCUGUUGGAGCCCCACUUUCCAGUUCUCAUGAAAUUGGGGACCAUGGAUCUGUUACCAUCUUUGCCACAGACAAACUGAACAGUGAUAGGAGCAAGCCACAGGAAAUACUUGGAAAGAGGGUCAUCAUUAAUGGGAGCAAAAGUCCAUGGGCAAGAUUUGGUACCAGUAUAUCGUGCCUAGGUGAUAUUAAUCAUGAUGGGUAUGAUGAUUUGGCAGUGGGAGCACCAUAUGAGGAAGGAUCAGGGGCAGUAUAUAUCUAUCUGGGGAGCCAGACAGGGAUUGUGAAAGUGCCAUCGCAACAAAUCCUUGCCUCAUCCAUCUCUCCUUUACUAAAGGGAUUUGGGAUUAGUCUCAGCCGGGGAUUGGACAUGGACCACAACAAGUAUCCUGACAUUGCAGUUGGGUCAUAUGCAAGCGGACAUGUGGUCCUUCUCCGUUCCAGCCCAGUUGCAAAUGUGAGUGCCUCCCUCAAGGUCAUCCCCUCUCACCUCAGCAUUGAUGACCGCUCCCUUCAUGUUGAAGCCUGCCUCCAAUACAGUGGAAACUAUGUUCCAGAGCAUGUUGAGAUACAGGUGAGGCUUCAGUUUGAUUCCCAAUAUAUCCCACAUCGUGGAUUUUGGGAGACAAAACAUGGGAACACAGCAAUCCAUUCCUAUUCCCAGCAACUAUAUAAAGGUGGCUACAACUGUCUCAACUUCACUGCUCGUAUUCAUCCUGAGACAAAGGACUUCACCAAGCCAAUCCACAUCGAUAUGAGUUAUCAGCUGGUAGGUUCCAGUUUGUCAAUUGGCAGAGCAGGAAAUCUGUUCGCACCUUCAACACAUGAUGCAGUUACUCCACUCUGGAUCAAGGGACCAUCAAGACUGAAGAGACAGGCCCUAGAAAACAAGGGAAACCUGGAUGAUUUCUGCAAGACUUGCCCAGUGAUGGGCAGAGAAAUCCAGAGCAGGACAGAGGCCAUUGUCCCCUUCCUCAACAACUGUGGGGAUGACAACAUCUGCCUUUCUGACCUCUCUAUCUCAGGGAAAUUUAUUGGCUUCGAUGACAACCACCCAUACAUUCUGGGUUCAUCACGGACAGUGAUGCUGGAAAUGGUGCUGAACAAUCGGGAAGAGCCAGCAUUCCUUGCCAAGGCCAAAAUCACUCUGCCACGCAAUGUCUACCUUGCAAGUGGGCCCCGGGAAUGUCUCUUCGACAAGAGCUCUGAUGAUGAAGAAUCUCAGGAUGUUCAAUUCCUUAUCUGUGAACUUGCCAAUCCACUCAACCACCUGGAAUCGAAUUUAACAACUUUUGUCCCUGUUGGUAUUGACAAGAAAAUAGAGAAGUUGACACUGGAGGUGACAAGGAUUCCAUCAGGUCAGGAGUGGCUAAAUGUGACCUUACAGGCCCUGACAAACAGUGAGGACUCUAACAUAUCCAACAAUAUCUUCAACCUCUCUCUUCCUUUGGUCACUGAGAUUGACCUUGCUUUAUCAGGACGCUCAGAACGGGACCAGUACUACUUCACAGAAGAGAAAGAUCGGCCUGAAGACUUAAGAGGGACUCCCAAUCUUGUCCAAUUCGUUCAUCAAUUCACUUUGAGUAAGUAUCGUCCUAGCCCAGCUCCACAGGUGGAGGUAACAUUUUUCUUUCCCCUCAACUUGACUCGCAAGGGCCAGACACAUCAACUCAUCCAACUCUUUCCACCCAAGGCUUUACUGGGAGGGAAACCAAUCAUAUGUGAUGUGAGGGAAAUGGAUAGGAAUGGGUGGACUCACAAGCAAGAGACAUUCCAACCGGUGACAUCUCCUCCUCGUCUCCUUGGGGGUGCAAGUGUCACACUGGACUGUUCUCAGCCUGGGAUUUCUUGUGCUGUUGUUGUGUGCUUCGUUGGCCCCCUCUCUUCCCAACCUCCUCCAGCCAGCUUCCUGUUUCGACUCCAAGCCAACCUUAAUAUCAUUGAAUCUCAAUACAGUGUGAAAGGGAUGGUCCUCUACAGAAGUGAGGGUCUAGCAGUUGUUAGUGGUUUGCCAGAGACAUUUCAACCUCAUGAUGACUGGCCAGAUAUGGCAACAGUGAACACAUUGCUGGUGAGUGGGACCCCCUUGGAACCAGAGAAGGUUGCCACAUGGAUCUAUGCUGUUUCUAUUGCUGGUGGCAUCCUCAUCCUUGUCUUCAUAGUUAUGGGCCUUGUGAAGCUGGGAUUCUUCCGUCGCCAGAAAAAAGAGGAGAUGGAUGCCAUGAAAGGGGGAGACAAGCUGCUGGAGGAACCUCUUGAAGGGAAGAACCACAAGAGGGAGAAGGAAGAGGACAAUGAGUUAAAUUGAGAACCAGGAGGAUGAGGACAAUUGUCUAGUCAAUUUUCAAUGCCAGGCCAGGAUAGGUUAAUUGCGUGAUAUCAUGUUGAAAAAGACAUAAAAAUGCCAUUCCAUUCUUUCAUUUUCCCUUUGUGACUGUGAUUUUGGACUAUUUUCACCUCCUUGCCAUUCCUUUUUAUUUCAAUGAAGC